CAUUUAUCAACCAUUCCGUCAGCCGACUUGGUCGUUAAUGGUUUGAACUUUGCCCUUGCUCUAGAUAGACAGUUGUUGGUUUCGCCGCUUUAGUGCAUUGCUUUAGUUUCUGGCGUGGUGUUUUUUUUAUGUUCGACGCAUUACAUUAGAAAUGGAAAAGUGAAGAGCCUUGAUUAGUUUUCUAAUUUAUGCACGAUUUUGUGACAAAAGAAUAAUUCUUAUCAGUGUUCUAGUGUUUUUUGUUGCAUCAAACGGACAAAUUUAGUAUAUCCAGAAUGGCACAGAAGCGCGUGUGGGCGGUAGCAACCGUGGUAGCCGACUCGACCGACUAUAAACGGAGCCGAACGCAGUCCUCCCUGUGGUGUAAUAUGGCAGAAAGUGUUUCCCAUGAGAAAAAUGGCCAGUACGAAAAACUCAGAACUUCCCUGCCGGUUCCUAUGUUUUCACGCAGUGACUUCAACAUCUGGUCAGUGCUGAAGAAUUGCAUCGGAAAGGAACUAAGCAAAAUCACCAUGCCAGUCGUUUUCAACGAACCAUUGAGCUUCCUCCAGCGGAUGACCGAGUACAUGGAGUAUGCCAAGUUACUGCGGAUAGCAUCGGAACAGCCAGAUCCAAUCGAACGGCUGAAGUAUGUCUCAGCAUUUGCCGUCUCGGCACUGGCAUCCAACUGGGAACGGCUCGGCAAACCAUUCAACCCGCUGCUUGGCGAAACGUACGAGCUUACUCGUCCCGAAUUCCGAAUCAUCUGUGAACAGGUCUCCCAUCAUCCACCGAUUUCGGCAUUCCAUGCCGAUUCUGAAAAUUUCACAUUCCACGGUUCGAUCCACCCGAAGCUGAAAUUUUGGGGGAAAAGCGUAGAAAUACAACCGAAGGGAACCGUGACCGUCGAGUUUCCGAAGCUCGGUGAGGCAUACUCGUGGAACAAUGUGAACUGCUGUGUACACAACAUAAUCGUGGGCAAACUGUGGAUCGAGCAGUACGGCGUGAUGGACGUCGUCAGUCACCAGCAUGGUCUGAAGGCAACGCUCAACUUCAAGUCUGCCGGCGUGGGCAAUAAAGACUUGCACCGCGUGGAAGGUUACAUAUCGGACAGGAAUAAACGCAGAAUUUAUUUCCUGUACGGGAAGUGGACCGAAUUUAUCAAAUGUACUGACUACAAUUCGUAUGAGGAGUACUGUAAGGAGAACGGUUAUAAGUUCAAGCGAGGCGACAAAAGUCCAAAUGAAUCACCCGGAACAACACCGCGAAAAGUGCUUUCCAAACUGAACAGUCUCAAAAUGAGUUCAUUCAGAAGUUUGUCGAUAUCAGAGCCUGACGAUCCACCGGAGCCGGCAGACGGGGACAUUCCGAAGAGCGAUUCGACCUACUCGAUAGACAUUCCCAAUUCGGUCUCCCUGUGGGAAGCGGAAGCUCGCCCUCGCAACACGGCGGAGUUUUACCAGUUUACCAACUUCGCCAUGUCGCUGAACCAGAUGGAGGAUCAUAUGAAGCGGACGAUCUGUCCAACCGAUUCUCGACUGCGUCCUGACAUUCGCAAACUGGAACAGGGUGAUUUGGAGGGUGCAGCGGCGGAAAAGACGAGGCUCGAAGAGAAACAACGGGAAACUAGAAAAAAGUGUAAAAAGGCUGACGAAGCUCUUUUUCCGAGGUGGUUCAAACUAACGAUGAAUCCUCACACUAAGCAGGACGAUUGGAUCUACCAGGGAGGCUAUUGGGAACGUACGGACGACUCAAUGGAGCUGGACAUUUUUUAACCACGAGUUCAGUGAGAGAUCUAGCAUAACCAAGGCAGAGUGAGCACUAAGAAUAUACCAAUCGCAUUCAUAAUACAGUUACCAAUAAUAAUAAAAAACAAAAAUAGUUACUUGUAUAUCUGUGCAUAUUUCAAUCUAACCAAUAGGAGUUAUCAAAACAAACAAUUACUGCAUACUUCCAUUUAGGUCAAAAUAUACAAACAACAAAAACAUACUAAAGUAGGGUGGUUAAAAUUUUACAUUUUCAAGCCACAUAAGUCGGGUCGUUCCUAUUAAUACUGUACUGAUACUGCAAAAUUGGAAUGCAAGCACGAGUUUUUUUUUAAAUUUUAGUUUCAGUCUAUUUUUUACUUAGCAAAAUCUUAUCAAUGCGCUUUCAAUUUGGAUAACGUUUAUAUAACCAAUUUUUUCAAAUAUUUGAAUAUUUCACUAUUUUCAUGUUUUUAUCUGUUUCAACUCUUAUUAGGAAUCACUCGAAAGUGCCUGAAAAAUGACAGAUUUAAAUCCACCCUAAUGCAUAUACACACAAACACAAACCAGCGAAUGGGUCAACAACUGAUUGAGGCUUCAUUAUUUUAUAACAGGCUAAUAUAAUAGCGGACUGGCCAGAAGUCAUUUUAAAGUUAAAGGCACACGCACACACAAAUCACAUCGAGUGAGCAAGUGCCAAACAAUUAUACUUCGGCUCGAUUUCUUAUACAAAACAGACAAACACGUUAUGAAUGUAUGUACAAUAUAAUUAAUUUGUGGCAAGUAAAUGUUGUAGAAUGACCAAAACAGCCAAUAAUAGUUGAACGAAUGUUAGCUUGUUGAUUGUUUGAACAAAAAAAAAUGGCAAUAAAUUAGCAUGUCUGUAAAAUGCAACUCUUUUGAAACAUUGUGUUGAGGAAGGUAGCAAAAACUCACACAAACUAUAUUUGAAGACAUUGUAAAUGGCAAGCUAAUAUGUAGAACAGCUGCCACACAGAAUUUGACAAUAUCGUUUUUAACUUAUUUAGGGAAGCUAAAAUAACUUGCAGUUUAGAGCAGAUAGCAACACCUAGGAGCUGAAAUAAUUAGCGUAUGAAAAUGCCAAUUGUGUAGGCAGUUAAAAUUUAAACUAGAAAUUUAUCCGAAUAUCAACGAAAACAUUAGUUAUAGUCGUGAAAUGUGGAAGGUUCUAUUUCAUUUAUACCUGUAUCGUUUUCUCGCACUAACUCAUAGCACAGAGAACUGGCACAGGAAUCAAGAAUGGACUUUUAGACAAAAUUUUCUUCUGCUCAUGCGUGUGAUGAUUCAUACGUUCUAUUAUAAUUUGUAAUGUACUUCCGUUUAAAUGUCAUUUUUAUGAAAAAAAAAUCAAACCUAGAUGUCUACUCUCUGUGCUGUCAGCAACUGCUUAAGGGUCAAACUGGAUGAUCCGUCACUGAAGGAACGUCAAAGUCCGGGUCAGCAAAAUCUGUCUAACCAUGGAUUGCUUUCUGUAGCGAAUGACCUGACAACUUUGCAAAAGUUUUUAAAUGCAAUUUUACGCUGUGUCAUCGACGGAGCAUUCUGUUUCACCCUCCACUCUCCUAGAAAUGAUUGCAAUGAUUGUGUUACAUAUGGUCCGAGUCAUUGCAGAUUAUUGCUUUUAUUUAAAAACGCUAUAAUGACUCGACAACAUUAUCUUUUAUCUGUCAGUGUCAUUCAAAUCGAACACGAAAAUUGUCAAUGACCAUCGUUCGAGAGGGAUUCUAAAAAAAAUUCCUUGAUUUUAAUACUUUUGACAUCUCACUUGUUCUUUAUUUGAAUGACACUGACAUAUAAAUGGUAUACAAAACAAAAUUUAAAUAUCGAUUCUUUAUUGGGAGAUUGAGCGCCAUCACUUCUCAUAAAAUAAAAAAGUAACUCUCUUUAUAAACCACCAGAAAACGUCCUCAAAUUAGCAUUGAAAAAGAAAAUGGAAUAACUAUUGGAUCAAGGGGUAUGAAUUUCAUACAGUAAGUAACUAAAGAAAAGAAAAAAAUAACUAUCAGUCACUUUGCUUUAAUGUCAAUUAUUGUACACUAUACUUUUGAUAUUGACGCGGCUUUUUAAACUAAAUCUAGGGAAAAUCCCGCCUUCGAAUCAUCUCAUUUACCUAUUUUAAAGAGAGACGAGAGAGUCAUCUGUAGUGCAAGCAUGCGAAGCAAACUCAACUCACCACCAGUAUCAACUAACCAUUAUUGUUCGAUUUCGAAUGAUGAUGUCGAUUUGUAUACAUUAAACAUUAAACAACUGAACAUUUUGAGUGAAAUCUUUUAACAAAAUGUAUCACGACAGUGGUGCAUAUUGUUGAAAAUAUUGUUGAUCGAUAAACGAACGGCCAACAUCCGUACGUAUAAUGAAAUGAAGCAUUAGAAAAUUAUAUAUUUGAACUGUCAAAAUCAUAUGCAAUAGAUGUGGAAUAAAAAAUAAAAUUAGCUCAUUG